UGCGGCCACCGCCGUGCCGCCGCCGUCCUUCUGCCGCCGCCGUCGCCUCCGUCGCGAUGCCCGCCGCCACGGGCCCUGCCGCGCCCGCUGCGCAGGAGGCGCUGGAAAUCGCUGGCCGCAUCAUCGACCGGCAGAUCCAGGAUGACCGCUGCUACCCGGACUUGUCGGAGCUGCUGGCGGUGCCGGCGCCUGGUAGCCCUACUGUAUCUGGUAUGUCAGAUAUGGAUUAUCCUUUACAAGGACCAGGUUUGCUGUCCAUACCCAAUCUUCCGGAAAUCAGCUCAGUCCGCCGAGUCCCACUUCCACCAGAGCUAGUGGAGCAGUUUGGACAUAUGCAGUGCAAUUGUAUGAUGGGAGUAUUUCCAGAGAUAAGCCGAGCUUGGCUGACCAUUGACAGUGACAUCUUUAUGUGGAACUAUGAGGAUGGAGGAGAUCUGGCUUAUUUUGAUGGCCUCAGUGAAACUAUUAUUGCAGUGGGCCUUGUAAAGCCAAAGGCAGGUAUCUUCCAGCCUCAUGUACGACACUUACUUGUUCUGGCUACUCCUGUGGAUAUUGUGAUUUUGGGGCUUCAUUGUUCUAAUAUACAAUCAGGCACUGGGUCACUCAAUGACAGCAUGUCUGGCGGAAUGCAGCUGCUACCAGAUCCUCUGUAUUCGCUUCCUACUGACAACACUUACAUCCUGGCAAUCACAUCCACUGAUAAUGGAAGGAUCUUUCUGGCAGGAAAAGAUGGCUGCUUAUAUGAAGUAGCAUACCAGGCUGAAGCAGGCUGGUUUAGCCAGCGCUGUAGAAAAAUUAAUCAUUCAAAGAGUGCACUGUCUUUUCUUAUUCCUUCGUUGCUACAGUUCACAUUCUCAGAGGAUGACAAAAAAAUGAAAGGCGAACCACAUGAAAAAGGAACAAUCUCUGGUUUUGCAAACUUUAGGUAUGGUGGAGAAGCACAAAUGAGAUUUCCAUCAGCUCUGCCUCCUCCCAGCAACGUUGGACCUAUUUUGGGUUCUCCUGUUUCUGCAGUAACAGGUCCAGGUGGAAGAUGGCACCAUUCUUCUACUACUUUCUCGGUUUGCUCAAAGGGUUCACCUUUGACUGUUGAUAGUCCAUAUUCUAAUCCUAGCAUUUUGACAUCUGGGCAAGGUUUACAACCUCCUGCUAUGUCAACUCCUAUUUUUCCUCCUGGAAAUUCCAUCUCUCACCCUGGUACAUCCAUUAGUGGAAUGAUGGGUCCCGAGAUAGUGUUUUCUGGAAGACACAAUGGCAUCUGCAUAUACUUUGCCCGGAUUAUAGGAAAUAUUUGGGAUGGCAGUAUAGUCGUGGAGAGAGUUUUCAAAAGUGGCAAUCGAGAAAUUGUUGCAAUAGAAAGCAGUGUUCCAGCCCGUAUGCUGGAAUGUGUGCUACAAGAACUGAAAGGUUUACAAGAAUUUUUGGAUAGAAAUUCACAGUUUACUACAGUAGGAGCACUUGGAAACCCAAGUUUCAGCACCCCAGCCAAUCUACAGCAGAGGCUCCUGGGUUUUAUGCGGCCUGAUGGUGGAAGUUCUCAGCAAGUCCAGCAAGAACUCCAAAGGAAAUAUCAUGCUGAGGCACAGCUAACUGAGAAGACCUCACUUCAAGGCAUCCAGCAGCUUGUUCGCAAAACCUGCCAGGCAUUGGCUUUAUGGAAGUUGCUAUGUGAGCACCAAUUCAGUGUUGCUGUAGGUGAGCUUCAAAAGGAGCUUCAAGAACAGCUAAAGAUUACCGCUUUUAAAGACUUGGUGAUUAGAGAUAGAGAGUUGACUGGAGCACUCAUUGCCUCUCUUAUAAACUGUUACAUCAGAGAUAAUGCGGCUGUGGAUGGAAUCAUUGCCCAUUUGCAAGAUAUCUGUCCUCUUCUUUAUAGCACCGAUGAUGCUGUAUGUUCAAAGGCAAAUGAACUUCUUCAGCGGUCUCGACAAGCUCAAAGCAAAAUGGAAAAAGAGAAGAUGCUGAGGGAGUCACUGAAAGAGUACCAGAAGAUCAGCAAUCAAGUAGACCUUGCUAAUGUUUGUGCACAGUACAGACAGGUGCGUUUCUAUGAGGGAGUAGUAGAGCUCUCUCUUACAGCUGCUGAAAAGAAAGAUCCCCAAGGUCUUGGCCUUCAUUUCUAUAAAAAUGGAGAACCAGAAGAAGAUGUUGUUGGACUCCAAGCUUUUCAAGAAAGAUUGAACAGCUACAAGUGUAUCACUGACACCCUUCAAGAAUUAGUGAAUCAAAGUAAAGCUGCUCCUCAGUCUCCUAGUGUACCCAAAAAGCCAGGUCCUCCAGUGCUGUCAUCUGACCCCAACAUGUUAAGCAAUGAAGAAGCUGGACAUCAUUUUGAACAAAUGCUAAAGCUGGCCCAGCGUUCAACAGACGAGCUCUUCAGCAUUGCACUUUACAACUGGUUGAUACAAGCUGACUUGGCGGACAAACUGUUACAGGUUACUGCCCCCUUUUUGGAGCCCUACCUAGUGCGGAUGACCAAGAUUGACCAGAACAAAGUCCGCUAUAUGGAUUUACUGUGGAGAUACUUCGAAAAAAAUAGAAAUUUUAGUAAUGCUGCCAGAGUCUUGGCUAAGUUAGCUGACCUCCAUAGCACAGAAAUCUCUCUUCAGCAGCGUCUUGAAUACAUUGCACGUGCCAUUUUGAGUGCCAAAAGUUCCACUGCCAUAUCCUCUUUAGCUGCAGAUGGUGAAUUCCUACAUGAACUAGAAGAGAAAAUGGAAGUUGCAAGGAUCCAGCUUCAAAUACAAGAAACAUUACAGCGGCAGUAUUCUCAUCAUUCUUCGGUACAAGAUGCAAUCUCCCAGCUUGAUGCUGAGCUUAUGGAUAUAACCAAGCUGUAUGGAGAAUUUGCUGAUCCUUUUAAGCUCUCGGAAUGUAAGCUUGCAAUUAUACAUUGUGCAGGUCAUUCUGAUCCUAUCUUGGUGCAAACUCUCUGGCAAGAAGUCAUUGAAAAAGAGUUGAGCGAUGGUGUAUCUCUGAGUCCUGCUGACAGAAUGCAAGCGCUUUGCCUGAAGCUGGCAUUGCUUGGAAAGAUCUAUGCUGGCACACCUCGCUACUUUCCUUUAGAUUUUCUAGUGCAGUUUCUAGAGCAACAAGUCUGCACUUUGAACUGGGAUGUAGGUUUUGUAACAUACACCAUGCAAGAAAUUGGAGUGCCAUUGCCAAGACUGCUUGAAGUGUAUGACCAGCUGUUCAAAGCACGGGAUCCAUAUUGGAGUCGAAUGAAAAAGCCUUUGCACCUCUUAGAGUGUAUUCACGUAUUACUGUCAGGAUAUGUACAGGAUCCAAGCAGAGUACCUAUGAGGCGACGAUUCACAAAUGUUUGCUUGGAUGCUGUUAGUUGCUACCUAGUUGAACUUCAGUCUAUGAGCCCCACCCUAAUGGUGCAGACUACUAUUGGGAAUUUUAAAUCUCUGCAGGCCAAGUUAGAACGGCUUCACUGAUUGACUAAUACAAGAACAGAAUCAUUAGUGCAGGUCAUGCUAACUGAAAUAAAGGUUCCGAUGUUGGCACUGAAUUACGAACGAACAAAUCCUCAGAAAAAAAUCCUGAGAGUUUUCUCCUGCCAUAGUUAUCAAAUGUGUGGCCUGUAUUCAUGCUAUUUUAAAAGUAUCUACAAACUGUAGAAUGUAAAUGUGACAAAUGGAGUUUCUUUUACUUUUGCUUUUAUUACUACUAGGUUUUUUAACAAUAGAAAGCUUUUUUUUGUACUGUUGAAAUAAAAUAAUACAUUGUGUGACCUUUGCCAUGGGGAUAAAUAAUAUUUCAAAAAUAUUUUCUUUUUCUUUGUUUUAAAUAAUGGGGAAAAGCCAUAAUUUCCCCUAUUCUAUCUUAAUAUGUUGUAUCUGUUAAAAUCAAAUAAAGAAGUCAAAAAGUGA